AUGCAGCCGCAGGAUGAACUCGGGGUUCGCGCAGCCCUCGCGGCCCCGCCCUUCUCCGCCUUCUGCGCCCUAAAAAGCGACGAGCCCCCGCGCCGCGGCUCCCUGGCGGCCCUCUGCGGCGGCGAUCCCGCCCAGCGACCGGCGGCGGCCCCGGCCUUCGAGCAGCAGUACCGCAGCCGCCUCCCGCUCCUGCCAACCACCGUGGAGGCGUACGGCCGGUCCGCCGCGGGGGUGGUGGUCGAGCAGAGUCACCUGCGCACACCGAUGGCAUUAGAGAAGAGUAUGCACUUCCUUGUGCAUCACUACUUGCGUGAACCACACACACCGGCGGUAUUUCUGGCGCCUUUUGAUGUUUGGCGGCAUUUGUGGGAUCGUAUGCGACAGGUUCGAACCAAUUGGGUACCACAACUACCACCUGUAGGGACAGAGUGUUCAUACGAUUAUAACUACAGGAGUAGUGGUAAUAGUAGUAAUAGUAAUAAUGGUGAAGAGAAUGAAAACACUGUAGAUGAUGUCGUGUUGCGUACAAUAAAAGAGUCUAAACGACGAUUGCGUUGGUUAGAAUUUACCGUAGCGGCAUUAGCAUUAGGUGGAGCCAACUUGUGCCGUACAACGCAAGGGUGUAAACGAUAUAUGGAGGAAAAACAAAACUUUCUUGAAUCUAUUGCACAGUGUUUUGGUGAUUUGGUACUCUCCUACCGUGCAGAACAGCGUUUACGUAAUUCGGAGAUGUUCUCCGCACUUAUUAUCUUUUAUGGUCUUUCACAGUUAACAAAGAUUGAAAACCGUGCUGGUUUUUGUCGUGUGAUGGAAGUCACUCUUGCCGGUGAUGCCGCUCCUACACAUAUUUUUGAACCCCCCAGUAGUAGUGUAGACUUUGCAAGUGUUUACCGUGAAUUGGCGUGUUUACCACAAAUGGCCAACACCCGUCAUGUACGUACAGUUAUGCGUCUCAUUCACUGUUGGUGUCAACGUGCAUGGUUCCGUUUCUUCUAUUUAUGCCGUACUGCCAGGCUUACAGUCUUGCAGCGGGCGAUGGUAUUUCAUUCUUUUGCCUAUGCUCGUUUUCGUGCUGUGGUAGAUCUCGUCACGGCGAAUGCGGUGGUGUAUAGUAAAGUGCGGGUUCGUGGAGAAAUGGCGGUGGAUCAAUUGGCGGCGUUACUCUUAAUGGAACCCGCCCAUUGUGUGGAAUUACUAGAGACAAUGGGGCUAACAGGACAGAUGAGUGCAGAUCGACGUACCUUAUAUCUCGCCCGGCAUGAUUCCUCUCCAUAUACAACACAAGAAGCGAUUUAUAAACAUUUAGAAGAAACAGGUGGAAAACAACGUCUCUGUUUACCAACGUUUCCAUCUUUUUUUGGUUUUAAAGUAUGGCGUAAGGCAUUUGAUUUGUUUCCAGAUGCACUUAAUGGUAAUGCAGAAAUGGCAGAUUUACGUAAUAUGACGUGUCCAGUUAAUCUUAUGGAAUUAUUAGAACCGUAUUGUCCACCGUAUAAUGAAGAUGUUGCGGCAUUAGAAUUGAGAGAUGCAGGGAAUGAAUGGUUUCAUGAUGUCCAGACAUCAAGGGAACGUAUGCUGUGGAGAUGUAACAAACGCAACUCAUACCGUCGUCAUAUGAAAACCGAUGAGGAUAUUAAUAAUAAUAAUAAUAAUAAUAAUAAUAAUGAGGAUGGGGAUGAUGAGGAAGGGGAAAGAGAAAAUGCUUAUAAUGAUAAUAAUGAUUAUGAUGAUGAUGAUGAUGAUGAAAUGAGCUAUGGAAGUGAUGGGAGUGAUGUAGAGGAAUUGGAUGAACAUGAGAAGGAAUCAAGAAGGGCUGUGAUAGCGGCACUCGAUAGAGAAAGUAAAUCCACUAGUAGUUCUAUCUUUGAUGACUAUGAUGAUGAUGAUAGUGGUAAUGAUGAUAAUAAUAAUAAUAAUAAUAAUAAUGAUAAUACUUCUGGAAUGGUAAAACCAUUGGGAGAAUGGAAAGAAGAGGAAAUGGAAACAACAGAUCAGGAGGGAAAUCCUGAAAGUGAAGAGAAUGAAGUUCUGCGUAACGCCACCACACUGAUUCAAUCCCUGCAAAAUGAUAGAAUGUAUGCUAAAAUACGUGAAGAGAUCAUGCAAGAAAAUAAGCGAAAGAAAUCCCUAUCGAAAGAGACGGAUGAAGAAGAUCGAACAGCCACACCAGCAUCAUCAUCAUCAUCAUCAUUAGCAACAAUGAGAACAACAGAAGAAGAAGAAGAAAAUAAUAAUAAUAAUAAUAAUAAUAAUAAUAAUAAUAAUAAUACAGAAUCCCAACAACAACAACAACAACAACAGAGUUCUAUUCCAUGGUUAAGUCUUCCCCCACCAAAGAAGGAAGUUGUGGUCACACCGUUGCCAAAUGAUCAUCCCGCCAGAAUGUCGCCAAGUCUACGGGCCACUGUAGAGACACCGCAGAGUGUAGCGGCUCCAACAGCCAUGGAUGAAGAGUUAAGAAUAUUGGAGGAACUAAAGGAAGAAGAGGAAGAAGAGGAAGAGGAUAAUGAUAAUGAUGAUGAUGAUGAUGAUGAAGAAAACAGCAGUAAAGAGAGUACUCCUCAUAAACAGCUUAUGGAGAGUCAAACAAAAAGAAGUGAAAUAACGAAAGCAUCACUUUCUUUUCCAGGUGUAUUUCCUCGUGGACCAAUAACCUUUCCAUCUGUCCCUCCUCCUCCAUCAUCAUCACAACAACAACAACAACAACAUCCAUUACAAAAACAACCGAGAAGAGAAAUGGAAGAGGAAAGUAAUGAAAUGCCUUCAAGAACAAAGCGUGUGAGGGCAGAACCCACACAAAAUCGCAUUCCUCCAACUUUCUUUACACCACAACAGGAAAAGGAACGACAAGGUCAACAGUUGGAUCUUAAUAGUAGUCUCACAGAUUCCGUCUCAAGUCGUAUUAUGCUUCUACCGUUUGAAAAGGAACAAGAAGAGCAUUCACGUGGUGGUGUUGUUGAUAAUGAUAAUGAUAAUGAAAAAGAAGAAAGUACAUUACCACGACGACGUAUGCGAUUAGAACAAACAACAACAACAACAACAGCUUCAAUGAUGUUAUCCAAACAACAAUCAUUAGGAAAAGCAGAGGAUGAGUCACAGACAUUUGAUGCUCAGGGAAUGAGAAAAGUAACCUUUGCUACAUCUACCUCUCAAGUCCCACCACAACCACCAUUAAUGAUGCCUCCGCAGAGUUUACCCAUCUCUUCUAAAAGAGUGGGAAUUACGAAAACAGAAGUUAUUACAGAGAGGAAAUCUAAGAGAAUGACGUACCAAGAAACUAUUAAAGCAUAUAUGAAAAAGAAUCCAAAUACAUCACGAGAUUUUAAUACUACUACUACUAGUGGUACACCUCUCUCUAUAGAUAAGAGUGCCUCACUGUUAUCUUCAUCUUCAUUUCUAUCAGGAGUAAGUAAUCCAGUAGAUGAGGAUGCACCACAGUGGAUGCGUGCAUUUGUAGACUAUCUCCUUCGAUUCUUUACCGCAUCUUAUGAUGAUCCCUUAGCGUGUAGAUAUCUCUCUGAAGUUAUUUGUGGUGAUCCAGACGCACAGGCACGUAAACUCGCUGGUUGGUUUUGUCGUGGUUUUACACCCACAAUAAAUGCAUACCCCUGCCAAGAAUUAUUAGUACCGUCUGUAGGUAGUACUACUUCUCUUCAAUCCAUGAAAACACUAAUACUUCACCUAAACUCGACAGUUAUCGUUUUUGGGAGUGGUAUUCGUGAUGAGGAUAAUGAUAAUGAUAAUAAUAAUAGUAAUGAUCUGGAUACAACCGUUUCUUCAUUACAUCGCUCUAUUGUUCGCCCCACAAUGGAGGAGAAGGCGUUAUCUGAACUACUUUCCCUCAUACCAGAAGGCAUUGAUGGUGAUAUCUCAUUAAGAACAAACACCACCACUACUACCCCAAUAGCAUCAACCACAAGAAGAAGAAGAACAACAACAACAAUGAGAAGUAUUUUGCGGGAUUGUUCACUGGGUCGUUGGGUAGCGGCGUUGCUGCUCUCUAAACGAGAUGGUGCAUGUCUCCUCACCUCCAGUUCUGUCUAUGGCAUUAACACAGAAGAUAUGGAUAACGCUGUGGGUGAUAGUAGUGAAGAUAAUGAGGAAGCAGUUUUGCGUAAUGGUGAGAAGAUUGGGCUUUGGGAGCAACUGCAUUCCUUACGUAUGGCCGCUGGAAGAUGUUCCACAGAAAUGGGAUUUGAUUACAUACAACCUGCAGCGAUGACGACAGUGACAACAUCUGCAGGAGCGGCUCUACGGUGUUCAUCAGGCAGAUCACGUGAGGCGAUGGUGCAGACUCAACUCUCACUCUACGCGGUAGACUCUCGCGAUGUUGGACGUCUACGUUGGGCGUCAAGUGAGAAGAAUGAAUGGAAAGGUGAGAAGGAAAGAGAAGAAGAAGAAGAAAAUCAUUCUUCUAUGGAACACCUUACCGCUAUUGUAACUCUAGAUGCACGGCGACCAGCUGAAUAUGAAGAGGGUCUUCAUACACUAACACUUCUUGUGCAGCAGGCGGUGGAGCAGCAGAGUGUUUUCCUCGCGGGUGUUCUUGUUGUUUUGCAUACAUCUAGUGUAGAGAAGGAUGUGGAGUUGCAAGAGAAAGUAGAGAAGUUCUUCUGGGAUAUAUGGAGAGAGUCCACACAUCACAUGGAAACAGUGAGAAAGAGAAGAAGAAGAACAAUAAAAGAGGAGAAGGAAAUACCAUCGUGGCGCCGUGCAUAUCAAGAAACUAUACGUCGUGCUGUCGUUAGUAGAAAACAACAAGAAGGAGAGGAAGAAAAAGAAAAAGAAGAAGAAAAGAAGAAAAAGAUGAGUACAAUGAGCGCCUUACACGCUUCACGUAUCUCUCUUCUUAAAAAGAAGACAGACCGUAGUGGUAGUCAUGUUAGUAAAAGAGUGAAAAAGAAGAAGAAGAAUCAGGGUUUCUUCAGUAAUGUAGAUGCAAAUGAGAUGAUUGGCGCCAAUGCGAAUGAAAGUCCAGUGCCAAUUCCUACAUUUCUCAUUAUGCCCAUCCGCACAGCUAUUAAAGAGGAGGAGACGGGAAUAACGAGAAUAGGCCUUAACAACAACAAUAAUAAUAAGAGAUCUUCACAUAAUAAUAAUAAUAACAAUAAUAAUAAUAAUAAUAAUAAUAAUAAUAAUAAUAAUAAUAAUAAUAAUAAUUCCUAUGGGAAGGAUGGGGAUUUUAUUAUGAACAAUGCGGAGGUCGUGCGAGUGGCCCUUCAGCGAACGGUGAGUGAACUCCUCUACGACUAUGAAACCCAACGGAAGGCAUUUCUGCAGAAUCGAUAUCCACAACCCCAACAACAGGAAGAAGAAGAAAUUGAAGAAAAAGUGGAAAAAGGUUUCACACGAAAGGGAGUGUGUUCAGAGAAAUGGGUGAAGGUAUAA